UACGACUAUCUCACGACAUUCCAGCAGGAACUGGCGCUUUUCUGGAGGAGUCGGCCCACUCUUUCCUCAAUCCUCUUCUUUUUCAACCGAUAUCUGGCUAUUGUUUACUACAUUGGCAUGGCUCCAAUUCGGAUACCUUCCGUUUGCGAGUGCGUAGUCAUCGCCAUGAUUUCAGUCAGUACAAAUGGGUUACUGACAACCUCUGAAGUUUUCUCAGCUUUACGGGCCUAUGCGCUCAGCAAUCAGAGCAGAGCUCUCAGUGUGAUCAUAUUCAUUUUGGGGUCCGUUCCUUUGAUUCUCAAC